CUGUAGGAGGGCAAAUCCCAGUUACCCACAUGCAAGGAGGCUGUCAAACAGAGAUAUCACUGCAGACUGUUGGUACACAGACAUCUGCUGCCCAGCUCAGGAGUAAAGUACCUUUUGUUUUGAUGAGGUGAUGGUGAGGACAGCCACUGCUGCUUCCGCUCAGUCUUCCAAAUAGUGAUGAACAAGGAUCACCACAUCUCCCUCGUCAUCUAUUUACAACUAUACCUGUCCUGCUGCAAAUCUCCAACAUAACCAAGUGUACCCCCUGCCCAGGACAUGGACUGUUUACCCUACUUCCAUCAAGCAUUUAAAAUGCAAGGCCCUGCAAAAGCUUCUGUCUUUAAACCCCCAGACUUCUUAAUUAACUCAGUAACCUAUACACUGCAAAUUGGAGUGUGAAGGUAACAGUUAGUUCUAGCUUUGGAGUAGUGGUGCAUUUUUUGGUUGACAAUAAAGUUGGCUUUAAAGAUCCAUGCACAAGGUUUUUCAUGCUCCACAUUGCUAAAGAAUUGGACCUUGAUGUCUCAGUAAGGUGUCUGUAACUUUUCAUGCCAAAAAGCGCUGUAGAUCGCCCCCGUCUGAAGAUGUGUGUUUUAAGCUCUCGUCCACAACACUUUAUUUUCGAAAUGUGUCGGAAGCUAAACUGAUCGCCGCACCCCUUUGAGGAAGCGCAUAGCCAUGAUCUGCCGCGGGAAUCAAACGUCACGGUCACUGAAUCCAUUGUAACAGUGACACUGGCUGACUCGUUCUCGUAGUGGAGUUCAACCAUACGUUUCAUCCAAAAUCUGACUCUAAACUCGAAUGGGAGGCUGUUGAAGUGGUUACACUUCGACUGGCGCAAGGUACGUCUAACUGGCAGAUUUACGUUUAAUUUAAUUUAUUGAUUUACAUAAUACGCAACUUGAUUAGCUGCUAACGCUAAUACUAAUGGUUGCAAAUUAGCAGCCUGAAUUAAUACAACAGAAUAUUCAUAACACGACUACAGCUUGUUUGGGAGCAUAGCUUGAUAAACUAAUAUAAACUCAUUUUUACAUGUUUUUUUAUUUUUUCGUUCUGCUGCUGUGUGAAAAUAAAGGGAUCUUCAGCUGCAGCUUAUAUUUUGCCCUAUUUGUCUGUAAUUAAGUGCCAAUGUAGGAACAGUGAAUGCCUACAGAAGCAUGGUGUGACAGCAACUAUUGCUUUCAAGAUAUUGCAUGUGUUUAUUUCUUUUAUUAAUAAAUUAAAAUUUUGAUAAAUCUUACCUUAAGACGCCUGAACCAGUUGCCAAACCUACUGUCAUGUAUGGUUGAUGAUCCAGGACUGGAGCCAGUAUGAUUGAAUGUGUAUUCAUUACAGAACACAUUUAAUAUACAGUAUAUCAGACAAUUACACAUGCAUGGAAUAAAUCAGUAUCUCAGAAAUCCAUAAAAAACUUUAGAACAUUUUACUAUUUACAGAUUAAUCAUAAUGUACCUGGGAACUCUGGUUUACAAACAGUUUUGUUUCUAAAUAUAUAUUGACCUAAUAUUUUUUUAAUUGCUUUUAGUAAGGUGUAUGAUUUAUCAAGUGCUAAUAUAUAACUAAUAGUUACAUAUAACUAAUAAUAACUUUGGAUUGUGGGAGGAAGCCGGAGAACCCGGAGAGAACCCACGCAAACACGGGGAGAACGUGCAAACUCCACACAGAAACGUACCCACUGCACCACCGUGCCGCCCCUUACUGGGACAUUGAAGUCCAAUAUUCUUUAGAGUAAAAAGCUGUAUGAUCAGGGAGCUUUAAAGCACAAAGAAACAAUAACUUCUCUAAAAUAUUUACCUGGUGCGUGACAUUAUUAUUAUUAUUAUUCAUUCAUUCAUUAUUCAUAUACAUCACUCAUUUCCUUGUUUAUCAGUCCACACAGCACCGUAGCUGAGCCACAGCUGUGACGUGACAAAAGAACGAACGAACGAUCCAUAAGAAUCCGGAACGAAUCAGGAACGAACUAGAGCGCUUGCUGCUCUACGGAGCCUGCGCAGUCCGACUGUCACGUGACAAAAGAACUAAUCCUUGAGGAACGACACUCAGUUGAGUCAGUCCCGAACGAAUCAUUUCUGUUUCCGGUCCUGCUGACUGAGCUUAAGCAGCUGCUGCCAUGUGGCGAGAGAAGGUACUGCACGUACUGAACGAGUCGUUCACUGAGAGGACUCGUUCCUCCCGAGUCAUAUGAAAGACUAGUUCAUAUUGAACGAAUCGUUUACGAAUGACACAUCACUAGAGCAGACACACUUUCGAGCCCUAGGAAGAACUAGGGCUGCAACUAACAAUAGUUUUGAUAAUCAAUUAAUCUGUCAAAUAUUUUUCAAUAACAUGUGGAAAUUUCCCAUAAAGAGGCAGACGAGAGAGUUGUCUUUUUGUUUAAUCUAUUGUAAAAAUAAAGGAAAAUAAAAAUAAUGGGGGAAGCCAAUCAAAAACAUGUUGAUCGUGCACGUCAACAAACCAAAAACCAGCUGGGGAGAUCAGUGCUACAUCUAGCUAUGAGAGAGGAAGGAGCACUAAGUCUCAACAGACAGAGACACAACUCCCGGCCUUGGGUUUGGAGCUAGAGUCCAGAGUCCAUCAGGCAGAGACGACCAUUGAACAAUGUAGGUGAAAUGUCAAAGACAAAACAUGAGAUAUUAAUUGCAGAACAUAAGUCACAAAUAAUAUAAUAACUGCAUAGAAUAAAGAAGAAACAAUAGCCUGUUGCUUGUCUUUGUAGUUUAUGUCAAAUUUACCUUUUAUGCAAAGAAUUGGAUCCAGAUGAAGAAAUGCUAUGAUUUGUUGAAUCCAUGAUAUUCAUUUUUCAAACUGUGGAAGAAAACUUAAAUAUUGUAAAUAUUUCCGAAAAUACAUGUAAACUAAAAUACGGUCAAAUCUAUUGGAGGAUGAGACUCAGCCACUGUUAAUACUUAGACCUCCUCCAUCUACGCUGGGGAAGAACAACAAAGACCUGGCACCAUUUUAAGGUGUAAAGACUGGUAGCAAAUUGAAGAGUUUUGUGGAGGGGUCUCAAACAGGUGCUAUGGUGAGUUCAUACUGGUCUUACUGGUUUCUAAUAGUUAGGAACAGAUGGUUUUCCUUUGGUCACAAAGCUUAAACAAUGGAGUUUAGUCUGUUUGAAUGACGUCAGUGUUAACUGUUUUGCAAAAGGGAGGAAAAAAUGUGUCAAUCCAAUGAGAACGGGUUUACACAUUCGCUACAUAUGUCUGAUGCACUGCUGGAAUAGUGAUGAUGAAAAUAAAUGGAACCUAGUUAUGCAAAACAGGUCAAAGCGACCGAUAAAAACUGUAAUCACACACUAAAAGAGUAAAUUAUCAAACAUCGCAGUUUGUAAUAAUAAAAGCCCUUGUAAAGUACUUUACAGUUUUUGCCUACAUUAUUGGUUGUAGAAGCAGCCUUAUUUUUUGUUCUAAUUCUGUUUCCUGUAAUAUGUUCUUUUUCUUCUUGUUGAUGGUGAGGUUCCUGGUGUAUCGCUGAUUUCCAUAAAGGUUGCCCACUCUUUCCUUACAUACCUGAUGAAGUCUUGAUCAUUGAGUAAUGAUGUAUUAAAUCUCCAAUUCCUGCUUGGUGGCGUAACUCUUUUAGUAAAAAAACAAACAAACAGGAACUGGUGCAUGAUCACUGACUGUGAUUGAGUGAAUACUGGUGUGGGAACAUCAGGUAGGACGAAUAGGAGUUAUUACUAAAUGUAAUCUAUACGGGAGUGGUGAACUGGGUCAGAAGGUGUAUUCCCUGGAGUUUUGGCGACAAAAACCACAGGUGUCACAAAGUCCAUAAUCAUCCAUGUACUGUUUUUGAGGAGUGGUCACAUUUGCAUUCCUCACACCUCCACACAGCACAUGAAGAGCCUGGCAACUGGCUGGUAAGUAACUAGCCAGAGUAGGGAAGGCGCCUGUAAAUUGACUGAAAUCAGUGAAAAUGAACCUCUCCAUCUGUCUGCACUAGUAUAUGUCUAGGUGACAAUGAGUGAAGCCUCUGAGGAGAUAGUAACAUGUACAGUAUGUCCAUGUCCAGUCAGGUGAUUGGGGAGACGACCACCUGUUCAGUGUGCGAGAAGGUUCUGAAGGACUGGGACCACUCUGACCCACCAGUGAAGCAGCUCUGUGCUGAGUGUGGAGCACAUUACAAGCAUGAGACAAACGAGGCCUCACGUGACAUCAUCACGAGAACAAAGAAGAAUCUCAAACAAGCAAUGCAAAAGAAAUUUGCUUUGACAUCUGAAGGCAAUGGUGAUGAGAAAAGCUCCCUGAACAGCGUCUACACGUCUCUGCACGUCACAGCUCAUGAACGCGAGGGGCCAGACGAGGAGCAUCCACUCAGACAGAUGGAACGUAAAUUAAGAAGGCGAUCAUCGUGUGAAAGCUCAGUCAGACUCAGUGACAUCUUCACACCGUCUCCAGACACACGGGUCAGAACGGCUCUGACCAAGGGCGUCGCAGGCAUCGGGAAGUCCUUCGCUGUGCACAAAUUCAUCCUGGACUGGGCCGAGGAGCGGACGAACCAGGAGCUGGAGUUCAUUUUCUGUCUGGCUUUCCGAGAGCUGAAUCUGAGUGGAGGAGAGACGAGCCUGCACCUGCUCCUGACUGAGUUCCACCCAGUGCUGAGCAACCUGAAGGAUCCACUGAGUUAUGUCCAAAGUGAGAUGCUGGUGGUUCUGGACGGUCUAGAUGAAAGCAGACUUCAGCUGGACUUUAACUCCUCGAAGGUGGUGAGAUCUGUGGAGGCAGUGGCUCCAAUGGGAGACCUGCUGGUCAACCUGAUCCAGGGAAACAUUCUGCCCCACGCACACCUGUGGAUCACAUCCCGUCCAGCAGCAUCCGCUCAGAUUCCAGCCAAGUUCAUCGACGCGGUGACAGAGAUCAGAGGGUUCAGCGACGCUCAGAAGGAGGAAUACUUCAGAAGACGCUUCCGGCACGACUCCUGCCUUGCUGAAAGGAUCAUUUCACAGGUUCAGUCAUCACCGAGUCUGAGCAUCAUGUGCCAGAUCCCCGUCUUCUGCUGGAUUUCCACCAUGUUGUUUGAGGAGGUCUUCACAGGAGCCGACAGAGACACGAUCCCUCAGACUCUGACAGAGAUGAUGGCUCAUUUCCUGUUGGCUCAGACCAAACACAGAAGCAGAAAAUACGAUGCCCACGCAGAGGAAAACAACCAGACGCUUCUGGAGAGACACCGAGAAUUUCUCCUGAAACUCGGCAAACUUGCGUUUGUUCAUCUGCAGGAGAACAAGCUGAUAUUUUACGAGGGCGACUUGGAGGAAUGUGGCCUCGAUGUGAAGGAAGUCUCUGUCUACUCUGGCUUCUAUAACGCAGUUCUCAGGAAGGAAGACCUUUUUUCCCAGAGGAAGGUUUUCUUCUUUGUGCAUCUGACCAUCCAUGAGUUCUUUGCUGCUCUCUUUGUCUAUGAGUGUCUUAUGGAGCAGAACACCCCAGAGCUCUGCAGCUUCCUGGGUCUGAAGGACCCACACUGUGGUCUACCUGUACUUGAUCUUCUCAAGAAGAUUGUUGCCAAGGUGAUGGAGAAGAAGAACGGACACCUGGACUUCUUCCUGCGCUUCCUGCUUGGUCUCAUGAUUAAACAGAACCGUAGAGUUCUUCAGGGUCUGUUGACAUCACCAGACCCAAUCGAAGACACAGACAAGAAAACCCUGACCUACCUCAAAUCUAUCAGAAGAAAGACCGUCUCUCCAGACGGCUGCAUCAGUCUGUUCCAGGCGAUGGUGGAAAUGAGAGACCACAAAGUCAAAGACGAGAUCCAAGAAUACCUGACGCUGACGGAUCGUUCAAACACAGACCUGCCCCCGCUGUACUGCUCUGCUCUGGCCUACAUGCUGCAGGUGUCAAAGGACCACCUGGAGGUUCUGGACCUGAAGAGCUACAACACCUCAGACGAAGGCAGGAGGAGGCUGAUCCCAGCGGUGAAAAUCAGCAGAAAGGCCAUACUAACAGACUGCAGAGUGACCUCAGAAUGGGUCGAGCAUCUGGCCUUCGCUCUCAGGUUCUCCCACUCUGCUCUGAGAAACCUGGACCUCAGCAACAAUGAUCUUAUGGAUUCUGGAGUGGGACUGCUGUGUAGCGGCCUGUCGGACCGGCGCUGCAGACUGGACACGCUCGGGUUGUCGGGCUGCCAGGUCACAGAGACGGGCUGCAGGCAUCUGUCCUCAGCUCUGAGGUCCAACCCGUCACACAUGAAGGAGCUGGACCUGAGCUACAACCAUCCAGGAGAAGCAGGAGAGAAGAUUCUGACCGACCUGAAGAAUGAUCCAGAAAACGUGCUCAGUUCACUAAACCUUGAACACGCUGGAAGCCACAGAAUGAAACCAGGCUUCCAGAAAUAUGGAUGUGAGCUCACCCUGGACCCCAGUGCAGCCCAGCAGAACCUCCGUCUGUCUGUGGGGAACAGGAAGGUGACCUGGGUGGAGGAUGAGCACGCACCGUCCAGUCCUUCUGUACAGGUGCUCUGUGAACAGGGCCUUCGUGGGCGCUGCUACUGGGAGGUCAAAGUGUCUGGACCUCUGAGUGUUGGAGUCCGGUACCGAGGAGCUGACACCGCAGAGAUGGGCCACAGCGACAGGUCCUGGAGCCUGGUUUGCUCCAGUGAGGGUCACCGUGUUCAGCACAACAAUGUGAGGGUGUCGGUGUCUUCCUGCGGGUGGCGCUCCAGUUGGGUGGGGGUGUACCUGGACUGGCCGGCUGGGACUCUGUCCUUCUACAGGGUGUCCUCUGACAGCCAGGUCCACCUCCACACCUUCAGAACCGCCUUCACCGAGCCCGUCUACGCUGCUGUGGAGCUUCAGCCACACUCCUCUGCCUUUUUCUCCCCACCAGCUCACUAACUCUGAGUCUAUGUGGCGGAAAGUAGGAGGAUCACAGGUCAAAACAUGAACUUGAAAUCACUGCAUCCUGGGAACUGAGGCUCUAACUACAACAUGGUAUCGCUGGUUCAGCAGUGGGCUUUAGUUUGUACCACAGAUUAGUGCAGACUAAGUUUGUGUUUCUGGCUUUGAACUUCACUUACUGUAAAUAGUGUGUGUUGUGGUGAUUUAGUCUGGUUCUAAUGGUUUUAAAAGGUUUGGGUUCCUCCUUGUUUCAUGGUGGACUGUGUCCUGUGAGAUGUGGAUGUUAAUGCUCGAAACGGAUCAGGAGACACUGAGAAAAAACAAUCCCUGCACUAUGAACAAAGUGUGAAAAAGCCCAUUGGCAGCUUUAAAACAGAGUUUGUGUUGAGUUUUUUACCUUCAUUGUUCAUUUAUUUGUGUUGUUUUGUUUUUUGUCGCUGACUGAAAUGCAUUGAAUGAUGAAUGACUUUCAUUCAUCGUGUUUUUCCAGACGCUGAUCUAUUUGUUUUUAUCCGGGUUUGGAUUAUUUGGUGCUAAAAUACUGUAGGUUUUUUCAUGUAUCUUGCUUCCUGUGAUGUGAAAAAUAAAUUGAAAUACAGAAGUA